AUGAACAGACAGAUUAAACAAAUGUCUUUUGUGUGGGUGGUGUUGGUCUGUCUGACCAGACUGACCAGCGUGGGUGCAGCACCCCUCUGUGCCAAUGCCCAGGCUGGGUGCCAUGUCCUCUCCCUGGCGAACCUGUUUGACCGGGUCAUCCAACACUCAGGCAGGAUGCAUGGCAUUUCAAAUGACCUUCACUCCGAGUUUGAGCAGUACUUCCUGCCCAGUAAGAAUCAAAUCGGCCGGGUCAGUCGCAACUGUCACACUUCCACCAUCCUCACCCCAAAUGGCAAGGAGAACGCUCAGAGAAUGGCGAGAGAGGAGCUGAUGGAGGUGAUUCUGAAGCUCCUGGUGGCCUGGAGGGAUCCUCUCUGGCAUUUCCAUCAGAGCAUGGCUCACCACGACUUCAACAACUUCAGCUCCAAUAAAGCUCUGGAGAUGAGCGACAUGGUGCACGAGCUACGCAAAGGUGUAGAGAAAGUGGCUGAGAAGAUGCAGCUGUUGGGGUUAACAAGUAACACUGUCAGCAGCCUGGCUUCUCCUGAGGAUUUGUUGCCACCUGACAGUGCUGAGUGGCGCCUGAUGAAAGACUACGACCUCCUCUACUGUUUUCGCCGAGACUCCAACAAGGUCCAGAACUACCUGAAGAUCCUCAAGUGUCGCAUCGUUCCAGAGCACGGAUGCUGAAGUCCAGAUAACAGUGGAAGCUGCAUUCAACUUCUAGAACUAUCAGCACAAUGGAAUGGAAAUGCUUCGGUUACAGACCACACAGAUAAAUGUGUGGUUCAGUUGUGUUUUCUAUCUGCAGGUAUGUUAACUGAUAUCAUGACUGAAGUUCUACUGGAACCCAAAGACUGUGCCCACCCUUCAUGCAUGAUAUUAUAUAGUGUGGACAAACCUGUGUUGAGUAUGGA